UUUAUGUAUAAAUAUGCUGAUCUCUUCGUCUCCAAGUGUAAAUCAUUCCCCACAGAGAAACAAGAAGAAGAAGAAGAAGAACACAUGGAUUGGUUCUUAUGGCUUUCAAGAACACCUUUACAUCCUGCUCUGGUCUACGAGUACGGCCUUGCCCUAGCCCAUAACCAGCUUGAGCGAGAAGAUAUCCGCUAUUUCAACCACGAAUUUCUUCAGAGUAUCGGAAUCUCCAUUGCCAAGCACCGUCUCGAGAUCCUCAAGCUCGCUCGCAAGGACACCGCACUUCGUCCCCGUCCGAUCACUCGUCUUCUUCUCGCUGUUAAGAGUACCAAGCGCCGUUUUGCUAAUCUAAUUCGUAGUUUCACUUAUCGGGAUCAAGACGACUCCAAAGCCCUAGUUCUUGUUCCGAAAUCUACUUACGCGGGUAAAUUUCUCAAACCGAAUAGGAAUUUGACUAUCGCUAAACAGCAGGGGAAGUUUCUUCUCACUAAUCGAAGUCCGGAUACUUCUGGUCUGUUGCCGCGUGUUCACAGCUUUUCCGGUCCGAUUCUGUAUGGGCUCCGGCCGGAGGAGAGGAGGAAGAAGAAGAAGAAGCAGAAUGGUUACUGGAGGAAUGGCGUCCAGGAGAUCAGUGGAUGCUGCUGUGUAUGGGAAUUGGGAAUGCUUCACUGUUUCUUUCUCAGUGGCAGAAGACAAGCUUUAGGAAGAAGAAGGGUGUGAUGAUUCUCCCAUUACCAUGUUUGUUUCUCUGUUUCUGGAGUAUGAUUCGUUCGUUCGUUCGUUCGUUCGUUCAUGCCUUUAGCUCUCUGUUCUAACAGGCUCAAUGAAUGGGAUGUUGAUUUGUUGAGUAGA